AUGGGAAAAGAGAUAGUGAAAGCAGAAUUAGGAGAGGAGACAAACUUCAACUGGCCAUCGUCAAUGACAUCAUCCUCAUCUAAUCAUGAAGAAAUUACAAGGAUGCCUUUGUUAGCACUGAACCAUGUUUCCUAUGUCUAUAAAUCUGUUCCUAAAAGUGUCCAUUUCUGUGAGCAAGUUCUUGGCUUUGUUCUAAUCCAGAGGCCCUCUUCCUUCGACUUUGAAGGAGCUUGGUUGUUCAACCAUGGUAUUGGAAUACAUUUGUUAGGAAAAGAAGAUACACAAUCAAAGAAGGGAAAGAUAAACCCAAAAGACAAUCACAUUUCACUCCAGUAUUCGGAUAUGGACCUCAUUAUUGAGAGAUUGGAUGAGUUGAACAUUGAGUAUGUAACAGCUAUUGUGAAGGAAGUGUUGGGCACAUGUCCAUGCUGUUCAGCCAAAGGCCCAAUGGCCUAA